ACUUCUUCCUCUACUUUUCGGGAAAUGAGAUGUCUUGAAUCAGAAGGGUUUCUUUUCUCGUCAUAAAUUGACUGAAUACAAAACAGUAAAUAGAAUAUUUCAAUUUCCGGAAUGUUUUCAGUAAGCUCCCUACGGAUUAUAUGCUCAUCUCGGAGAGUUCUGCACUCCCACUGGGUGAUGACGAACCGCCUGUCUAUUCCUAAAGCUGUUACAUGUUCAGUACACUGUGUGUCUACCAGCUUUUAUAAGGUCAUAUGGCCCAGCAAUAUGUACUUCAGAGCGCUGCUGGAUAAGGAAAGAGGACUAUUUAACUACACAAAGCAAGCCAUUUUAUCUAGGUGUUGCUACUCAAGUCAAGUUAAAUUGAACUGUUGGAACUGUAAGCAACUUCUUGACAAAACACCUGCAUUCUUCUGUAACUCAUGUAAUAUAAUCCAGCCCCCUGAAGAAGGGACAUCCUAUUUUAAGAUAAUGGACUGUGACUACACAUUCACGUUGGACACACAAAAGCUUCAGACAAGAUACUUGCAGCUCCAGCGGUCUCUUCAUCCAGACAACUUCAGCCAGAAAUCUGUGAAAGAACGUGAGUUUUCAGAAAGCCAGUCAGCUCUUGUGAACAAGGCAUACAGGACUCUGCUGAAGCCUUUGAGUCGUGGUCUGUAUAUGCUGGAACUCGAGGGACUGCGUCUGGAAGAGGGCACUGACUCUGGGGCUGAUUCAGACUUUCUAAUGGAGCUGAUGGAGAUCAAUGAAGCACUUGAUGAGGCACAGACUCCAGAAGAAGCCAAUAAGAUCGGCCAAGACGCCAAAGGAAAACUUGCAGACUUGACGGAGCAGAUAGAUGUUGCCCUUCGUAAAGGAGAGCUUCACGCUGCCAAAACACUUCUUGCAAAAAUGAAAUACCAUGCAAACAUUGAGGAGAAAGUGAAGGAAAAACUCUCUGGAUUUAUGUGAGGUUUUCCUCAUUUUGUGUGACUUAAUUUAAUAUUUUAUAGCCACUUUAAAAAUCAUUGUAUAGUUUGCACAAAUUAUUGUACAUCAGUGUUGGGUUUAUCUCAUUUUAUUGUUUAAGUAGUUGAAUAAAAUAAAUUAUAGUUAUAUGCAACGGUUA